CACGUUUGAUGACGUUUGCUUCCGAUUGGGAUUUUUUGCGCGAAAUCUAAAGUGUUGAAUUUAGACGCAUUCUUUACUUGUUCUUAAUAUACAUACCUUCCUCCAGCUGUACCUGACCUACGUAACGGGCUGGUAUAUUUUAAGUGACGAAGUCUUUAGGUUUCUAAUGGAAUACGGGAAGGAGAGAGUGGUGGCGCUGGUCGACAUGGACUGUUUUUACGUCCAGGUGGAACAGCGACUGAAUCCAGCCCUGAAGAACACUCCCUGCGUGGUGGCACAAUACAAGACGUGGAAAGGAGGCGGUAUUAUAGCUGUGAGCUACGAGGCCAGGGCUCACGGUGUUACCAAGACCAUGUGGGUGGAUGAUGCUAAGCAGUUGUGUACAGAUCUCCAGGUAGCCAGAGUUCGCGAGUCUCGUGGCAAAGCAGAUCUAACUCCUUACAGGGACGCUAGUGUGGAGGUGAUAGAGGUGAUGUCUCGCUUCGCUGUGAUCGAGCGGGCCAGCAUUGACGAGGCCUACAUGGAUUUGACAGCUGCUGUUCAGCAGAGGCUGAAAAACAUGGCCGACAUACAAAUAGAGCCCAGCCUUCUUAAAACCACCUACAUCCAGGGGUUUCCACAAAGUAGCCAAGAACCGUCUUCUGCAGGUGGCCCUGAAGAUCCUGUUUUGGGUAAAGAGGAGAAGAGAUCCAGAGGUCUCCUUCAGUGGCUGGCAUCUUUACCUGCUCCAUCUUCGGGGGAGCACAGCUCUGCAGAGCUGCAGCUAACCGUGGGGGCUCUCAUUAUUGAGGAAAUGAGAGCAGCUGUGGAACAACACACAGGCUUCCGCUGCUCAGCGGGAAUAUCACACAACAAGGUGUUGGCAAAGCUGGCCUGUGGGCUGAACAAACCUAACAGACAAACCAUUCUACCUUUGGACUCUGUGGGGGAACUUUUCAGCUCUUUGCCUGUCAGUAAAAUUCGAAACCUGGGGGGUAAGCUGGGCGUGUCGAUUACAGAAACCCUGGGAGUGGAGAACAUGGGAGAUCUCACUCGGUUCUCUCAGGCUCAACUGGGGCAGCACUUUGGAGAAAAAAUGGGCCAGUGGCUGUUUGACCUGUGUCGGGGGAUCGAGUUUGAACCUGUGAAACCCAGACAGCUUCCCAAGUCCAUUGGCUGCAGUAAAAACUUUCCCGGGAGGACGUCACUGGCUACUAAGGAUCAGGUGCAGUACUGGCUUCAUCAGCUGGCCCUGGAGUUGGAGGAGAGGCUGGCCAAAGACAAAGAAGUGAAUAAUCGUGUGGCAAAGCAGCUGACGGUUGGCGUGCGUCAGCUUGGCGAUAAGCGGCCGACCGGCUUCUCUCGAUGCUGUGCUUUAGCACGCUACGAGGCGACCAAAAUAUCAAGUGACAGCUUUGCUCUGAUCAAGAGUCUCAACAAAGCAGGAAACCACCAGGCGGCGUGGUCUCCCCCCCUCACCCUGCUACACAUCUCUGCUAGUAAAUUCAGUGAUGCUCCGUCUGCUGGGGGGAUUGCUGGAUUUCUGUCCAGUGAAGGAACUUCAACCCAGACUCUGUUCUCCUCCACCCAGCCAUCCUGUGACGUAAAAACAGAGCCUCCAUGUAGUCAGCAUGGUACCAUUCAGUCCUUCUUUCAAAAAGCAGCUGGAAAACAAAAGCAAGUUAAAAGCGACACAGAAGAGGAAGUUCUCCCGCCUUUUGUUGGUGAUCAGUCUGACACCGAUUGCCAGCUGGAGAUGGCAAGUGACUCACAAAAAUCUCCUUUCAAAAGUGUCUCCCACUCUAAAACUGACUCUGCUAGCUCCCAUCCUGGCAUCUCCUCUUUCUUUCAUAGGAAGAGUCUUGAAAAAAGCUCUAACGUGUCUUCAGGUCACAAUGAUGCAUGUGCCAGUAGAGGCACUGAUGCUUUUGCAUCUGGCCAGCAGUUAAAAAUGAUCCCAGAGUUAAUACCAACACAGUCACGGGAAGAAGAGGUAAGGGAGGAACCGGAAAGCCAUCUGGACAGUACUUCUAGUGCGCUAGGAGGAGACCUUUUAAAGUGUGAACGUUGUGGUGUAGAGGUUCUGGUGUGGGAAAUGCCUGAGCAUCGUGACUAUCACUUCGCCCUGGACCUCCAGAAUUCACUGUCUUCAUCUACAAAUUCAGGAAGCAUGCCUCCAUAUCUAACCGUCUCAUCUUCCUCCAGUGGUUCUCCAUCUGCUCUCAGGACAGCAGCCGCUCGGUCGUCCCGAGGCAAAACAAAAACCAGAGGUCAGUCAGGUCCUGCACCAAAGAGACAACGCUCACUAGGGGGCAGUGUGGGUACUCUAGAUGCUUUCUUCAAAAAGAACUAAACAUUUAGGGCAUGAGUAUUUAUUUCUGAACAUUAUGUAUAUAUAUUUAUACACACACACAAAGAUGUUUUUAUAUUAUCUUUACCAGAGGAAAGCCAGACAACCAGAAUACAACAAGACUUGUUUUGAAUCAGUUGUUUUUGUGCUUCAUGAGGAUAUUAACAUCAUGUGUAUUUUGGGUCCUAUUUUUAAUUUAAAAGGGCAUUUCUAGUUGUUGAGCUUUAUUUUGUAAACCUGUACAGAUAAAAAAUAUUUUCAACUUCA